AUGUCGUUCACCUUCCAGGUGCAGAAGAUCAAUCAGUCUUUCGACCAGAUUGCAGCAUGGUACCACGAGUUCAUGCGUAGAACAGAGUUGUGUUUUCGGAAGAUGCACGAACGUAUCCUGGUCCUGGAGCAGAAACAGAACAUACAAGGGCCUACGGACGAGCAAGUCGAGCGUGUGCUACGCAAGAUCCUAGACGAAAGAUUUUCGGAUCUCGCCACGCAUCAUGUACGGAAGCACGACACUACACAAGACCGCAGUUGGUUCGUCAAAGAUCCCAACGACUUUCCUUAUCCCAGAUCGAUCAAGAUGGACGUUGCUUCGCUCCUCAUCCAACCGGACGCCGUUCCUUCCAAGGCCUACUCAGAAACAUUCCGGAUGCUAGAGAAUGGGUUAAGAAGUUUUCCUGUCGACCACUCAAUGGACUCGGACGACGAAGAAGAUUAUAAAAUUAACGUUGGUAUAAGAGAUGGUCGCUCUUCACGUAGUGUCUGA